UGCCACUUGGUAUAAAAAAAAAAAAGUUCUAUAGAUUAUUGUUUACUCUUGUUUCUCAAAACAACAUGACUGUACUGCACCACUGCGGUAAAUGGUUAACUGCUUAACUGCUACCUUAUCAGAAUUGUUAUUGCGCUGUCCCAGGAUCUCCUAACACUCAGUAACUCCGUUUGGUCAUGUGUGGCACCGAUGGAAUCUUAGACCUUUGCUUUUGUCGUCAUCAGCAAAGAUUAGAACCGGUCAAAGAGAAAAACGAGCUAUAACCCCAGACCGAUGAUCACUUCGGAGCCUUACGCAUAGAGACACGAGAUGACUGGCAUCGCGUGAGCAGGAGCUCUGCACAAACGGCCCAAGUUGCGAUACCAGGGAGACACCGUCACGCCGCGUUCUGUCCCUUCGGCAGUUCCUGCUGAAAGGCACUCAUGCAUUUCCUAGCUUCCUCUGUGCUUUUCUCGGUUCUGCUGCAGACUAUGUCUGCGGAGGUGCAAGACUGGCAGAAAGCGACGUCCAUUUACGACUUCUCCGCCAAAGACAUUGACGGCAAAGAAGUCUCCUUGGAAAAGUACCGGGGUAAAGUUUGCAUAAUUGUCAACGUAGCCUCCAAAUGAAGCAAGACGCCCGUAAACUACUCUCAGUUUGCGAAGAUGCACGCCACGUACGCUGAGAAAGGUUUAUGCAUCCUGGCCUUCCCAUCCAACCAGUUUGGCAGACAGGAACCGGGCACAGAGGCUCAGAUUAAGGAGUUUGCCAAGUCCUACGAUGCGGAGUUCGACCUCUUCGGUAAAAUCGACGUGAACGGAGAGGAGGCCCACCCGCUUUGGAAGUGGCUCAAAGAGCAGCCAAAGGGCAAAGGGACGUUUGGGAACAACAUCAAAUGGAAUUUCACCAAGUUUCUCAUUGACCGAGAAGGACAAGUUGCGAAAAGGUAUUCCCCACUGGAUGAUCCAAGCGUAGUGGAGAAGGAUCUCGUAAAGUACCUGUAGUCCACCUUCAUCAGCCCCUCCUCUUAUUGCUUCAUUGAUCCAUCUUCUCUCGUGGAAAGCUGGACUCCGGAAGGUCUCGUCCCAGAUCAGUGACGGCCUGUCCGCAAACCUGCCUGGCGGAGCUGACAGACCUGAUGACCCCCUGCGUGCAAACCCUCUGGGCAGACUUCUGCAGUCCAGCAGACCACAGCAUUUACAUUUGUUUAUUUAGCAGAUGCUUUUCUCCAAAGCGACUUCCGAUGAACUCU